CAGCAGUUCAGGAAGCCGAGGGGCCCACACAGGAAGGAGCCGAGUGGGACUUUCCUCCCGCUGCCACCGGGCUCUGCCCUCCCGUCCUCGGCCAGGCGCCCACCGGCCAGGCAGGCUGCUCUCAUGGAGCCUCCGAGCGAGGAGACGCCUUUGAUAUCUCAGCGCUCCUGCAGCCUCUCGUCUUCGGAGGCUGGUGCCCUGCACGUGCUGCUGCCCCCUCGGGGCCCUGGACCCCCACAGCGCCUAUCUUUCUCCUUUGGUGACCACUCAGCUGAAGAGCUGUGUGUUUGGGCUGCUAAGGCCAGUGCCAUCCUGCCUGUGUACCACUCCCUCUUUGCUCUGGCCACGGAGGACCUGUCCUGCUGGUUCCCCCCAAGCCACAUCUUCUCCGUGGAGGACGCAGGCACCCAGGUCCUCGUCUACAGACUCCGCUUUUACUUUCCCAACUGGUUUGGACUAGAGAAAUGCCACCGCUUUGGGCUACGAAAGGACUUGGCCAGUGCCAUCCUUGACCUGCCAGUCCUGGAGCACCUCUUUGCCCAGCACCGUGACGACCUGCUGAGUGGCCGCCUCCCGGUGGGCCUUGGCCUCAAGGAGCAGGGCGAGUGUCUCAGCCUGGCUGUGCUGGACCUGGCCCGGAUGGCCCGUGAGCAGGCCCAGCGGCCCGAGGAGCUGCUGAAGACCAUCAGCUACAAGGUCUGCCUGCCCCCCCGCCUGCGCGACCUGAUCCAGGGCCUGAGCUUCGUGACGCGGAGGCGUAUCCGGAGGACGGUGCGCCGGGCCCUGCUCCGCGUGGCCGCCUGCCAAGCUGACAGGCACUCGCUCAUGGCCAAGUACAUCAUGGACCUGGAGCGGCUGGACCCGGCCAGGGCCGCCGAGACCUUCCUCGUGGGCCUCCCCGGGGCUGCCAGUGGUCAGGAUGCGCCCGGGCUGCUCCGCGUGGCUGGUGACAGCGGCAUAGCCUGGAGUCCAGGAGGACUCGAGGUCCUCCAGCCCUUCUGCGACUUUCCAGAAAUUGUGGACAUCAGCGUCAAGCAGGCCCCACGCGUUGGCCCUGCCGGGGAGCACCGUCUGGUCACCGUCACCAGGACAGACAACCAGAUCCUGGAGGCCGAGUUCCCGGGGCUGCCCGCCGCCCUGUCCUUCGUGGCGCUCGUGGACGGCUACUUCCGGCUGACCGCCGACUCCCGGCACUUCUUCUGCAAGGAGGUGGCGCCGCCACGGCUGCUAGAGGAGGUGGCCGAGCAGUGCCACGGCCCCAUCACCCUGGAUUUUGCAAUUAACAAGCUCAAGACUGGAGGCUCACUUCCUGGCUCCUACGUUCUCCGCCGCAGCCCCCAGGAUUUCGACAGCUUCCUCCUCACUGUCUGUGUCCAGACCCCCCUGGGCCCCGAUUACAAGGGCUGCCUCAUCCGCAGCGACCCCACAGGAACCUUCUCCCUGGCUGGCCUUGGCCGUCCCCACAGCAGUCUUCGAGAACUCCUGGCAGCCUGCUGGGAUGGGGGGCUGCAUGUGGAUGGGGUUGCACUGAACCUCUCCUCCUGCUGCACCCCUAGACCCAAAGAAAAGUCCAACCUGAUUGUGGUCCGGAGAGGGUGCAGCCCUCCUGCGUCGUCCGCGGCUCAGCCGCCGGCCAGCUGCCAGCUGAGCCAGAUGACAUUCCACAAGAUCCCCGCCGACAGCCUGCAGUGGCACGAGAACCUGGGUCACGGGUCCUUCACCAAGAUCUACCGGGGCCGUCGCCAUGAGGCCGUGGACGGGGAGGCCCGGGAGACGGAGGUGCUGCUCAAAGUGAUGGACGCCAAGCACAGGAACUGCAUGGAGUCAUUCCUGGAAGCGGCGAGCUUGAUGAGCCAAGUGUCGUACCAGCACCUCGUGUUGCUGCAUGGCGUGUGCAUGGCUGGAGACAGCAUCAUGGUGCAGGAAUUUGUCCACCUGGGAGCGCUGGACACAUAUCUGCGCAAGUGUGGCCACCUGGUGCCCGCCAGCUGGAAGCUGCAGGUGAUCAAACAGCUGGCCUAUGCCCUCAACUAUCUGGAGGACAAAGGCCUUCCCCAUGGCAAUGUCUCAGCCCGGAAGGUGCUUCUGGCUCGGGAGGGGGCUGACGGGAGCCCGCCCUUCAUCAAGCUGAGCGACCCUGGGGUCAGCCCUGCUGUGCUGAGCCUGGAGAUGCUCACUGACAGGAUCCCCUGGGUGGCCCCGGAGUGUCUCCAGGAGGCGCGGACACUUGGCUUGGAAGCUGACAAGUGGGGCUUCGGUGCCACAGUCUGGGAGGUGUUCAGUGGCGUCCCAAUGCCCAUCAGCAGGCUGGACCCCGGCAAGAAGCUGCAGUUUUACGCCGAGCGGCAGCAGCUGCCUGCCCCCAAGUGGACGGAGCUGGCCCUGCUGAUCCAGCAUUGCAUGGCCUACGAGCCUGGCUGCAGGCCCUCCUUCCGCGGCGUCAUCCGUGACCUGAACAGCCUCAUCAGCUCAGAUUACGAGCUCCUCUCGGACCCCACUCCUGGUGCCCUGGCUCCCCGUGACGGGCUGUGGAAUGGUGCCCAGCUCUACGCCUGCCAGGACCCCACCAUCUUUGAGGAGAGACACCUCAAGUACAUCUCGCAGCUGGGCAAGGGCAACUUUGGCAGCGUGGAACUGUGCCGCUAUGACCCGCUGGGCGACAACACAGGCGCCCUGGUGGCCGUGAAGCAGCUGCAGCACAGCGGGCCAGACCAGCAGAGGGACUUCCAGCGGGAGAUCCAGAUCCUCAAAGCCCUCCACAGCGACUUCAUCGUCAAGUACCGCGGCGUGAGCUAUGGCCCAGGCCGCCAGAGCCUGCGGCUGGUCAUGGAGUACCUGCCCAGCGGCUGCCUGCGCGACUUCCUGCAGCGGCACCGCGCGCGCCUCGACGCCGGCCGCCUGCUCCUCUACGCCUCGCAGAUCUGCAAGGGCAUGGAGUACCUGGGCUCCCGCCGCUGCGUGCACCGCGACCUGGCAGCUCGGAACAUCCUGGUAGAGAGCGAGACGCACGUCAAGAUCGCCGACUUCGGCCUCGCCAAGCUGCUGCCGCUGGACAAAGACUACUACGUGGUCCGCGAGCCGGGCCAGAGCCCCAUCUUCUGGUACGCCCCGGAGUCCCUCUCCGACAACAUCUUCUCGCGCCAGUCGGACGUCUGGAGCUUCGGGGUGGUCCUGUACGAGCUCUUCACCUACGGCGACAAGAGCUGCAGCCCCUCUGCCGAGUUCCUGCGGAUGAUGGGAUGUGAGCGAGACGUCCCGGCCCUCUGCCGCCUCCUGGAGCUGCUGGCCGAGGGCCAGAGGCUGCCCGCGCCUCCUGCCUGCCCUGCCGAGGUUCAUGAGCUCAUGAAGCUGUGCUGGGCCCCAAGCCCGCAAGACCGGCCGCCAUUCAGCGCCCUGGGCCCCCAGCUGGAUGCGCUGUGGAGUGGGAGCCGGGGGUAGUGUCCAGAGCCCUGAGACCGCGC